AUGGCGUCCGACAGUGCAGUAGCUGAGGAGAUGCAAAAUUUGAUGCGAUAUAUAAAAUCGCUUCCUCAAGGAGUCAACGCCUCUUCAGGUGUACGAGACUACCUUAUCAAAGAUACAACACUUUUCUGCAUAUUCGAUAUGCAAGAAGAGGGGACAAAUAUUUACAUCUGUCUCUCAUGCAUUUUAACAGAGGGUUUACUUAGACCUGAUAUGCCAUCAAUCACUGCAAUAUCGAAUUUCUGCUAUGGUGUAUUGACCGUGGUAGACCUCGCAGUGAUCGAGAUCAUGAAUCAUACUCGACAUUAUAUCUCACCUAGGUUUUUACUUUGUGGAUUAAAGUAUCUAUUUCUUUUAGCAUAUGCAUGGUCUUAUAUUUGGGGUUGUCUUUGUACUUGUGCCUCUUUACUUUGGGAUGAAAGAUGGACAACUCAAGAUGUUAUUAGGGGGAAGAAAACCCAAAUUCCUACUCCACUGAAGAUAUUCCUCAAUGGAUUAUUCUUUGCUUUUGUGAUUUUACCCUGGCCACCUGUCUUGUGGGCAUUUGGGACAGCGAAUUCUGAGAUGUUAAAACUUCAGAAAGCCUUUCAUGAAUUGGACGAAGCUUCAAAGAUGGCUGGAACCAAAUAUAAUGGAACUCAUACCUUUGAUUUACUUACGGUACCAGCAGAAAGAGUUUUAAAGCAUCAGCUAGCUAUCUCGUACUAUACUAGAUUCGGUAUGAGCGUCUUUUUGGGUAUGCUUGUCUUUCUAGCAGUAAUAUAUGCUCCAUUGUUAUCAUUCUCAUUCGGUAAUCUCAGAAAACGUAUCAAUGCAUACGCCAAGGCAUUACCGGCUUCACCACCAGAUUCUCAAACAUAUCUAUACGCUGCACUUCAAGAAUUAAAAGGAAAGCAUCGAGCUUUACUCAAACAGGCACUAGUGACUUACUUUACUGCGUGGUUUUAUAUUCCAAUAUUGUCUUGGGAGCAUGAGCUUGAUGAUUUUGGCUCUCAGCUUACUUUCAAGACAAAUAGAUUCAUGGAAGAGCGGACACGUUGGGUCAUCAUCCCAUUAAAUGAUGAACUUAGCAUGAAUUUACUACUUGUUUCGUUUGUAAAAGUUACUCAACGCAAUCUAUGCCGUGGCUGGAAACAUUUGAAUUUGACCUUCUAA